AUGCUUAGGUUACCAAAUAUUCCAAAUCUGAACUUCCCUACAUUUUCAGAAGAGUUUUUGUCUAAGCCAUGUUUGUUAAGACCAAAUGAAGGUAUCUCAGUUUUACCUGCACCACCUCUGACAUUACAACAACAACUACGCAUCAGUCCCAAACCAUCACCAACUGUGAUAUCCACUAAGGAAAUAUCGAAGAACAAUGCUACUAGGACUAAUACUACAUUGGAUUGUACUUGUAGUAAUAGUAGUAGUAGUGGUUGUUGUAAUAGUAGUAAUAUUGGGAGAUUGGCUUCCAUUUGGAGAGAAGUUCAAGGGUCAAAAAACUGGGAAAAUCUAGUAGAUCCAUUGGACUCUCUUCUCCGAGAGGAGAUUAUCCGAUAUGGAGAGUUUGUGGCUGCUUGUUAUGAUGCAUUUGAUGUUGAUCCAAAUUCAAGAAGAUACUUAAAUUGCAAGUAUGGAAAGAGGAGGAUGUUGAGUGAAGUAGGGUUGGGUGAAUCAGGCUAUGAAGUGACAAAAUACAUAUAUGCUACUCCAGACAAAAAUGUCUUUCCAAUUGGUGGCAAUAGUAUAGGCUCAUCAUGUGGAAAAUGGAUUGGUUAUAUUGCAGUAUCAAAUGACGAAGAAACAAAGAGACUUGGGAGGAGAGAUGUGCUUGUUACUUUUCGGGGAACGGUCACUAUCCCUGAAUGGAUAGCUAAUUUGAUGAGCUCAUUGACUCCUGCUCGUCUUGAUCCUCAUUAUCCGAGACCUCAAGUUAAGGUUGAAGCUGGAUUCUUGAGUUUGUACACCUCCAAUGAGGGCAAAAAGUUUGGCCUUGGAAGUUGUCGCGAACAAUUACUAUCCGAGGUAGGGAGAGUACUAAAUAAGUAUAAAGGGGAGGAUAUGAGCAUAACUUUGGCAGGACAUAGCAUGGGGAGUGCAUUAGCGCUCUUACUAGCUUAUGACAUUGCAGAGUUGGGCCUGAAUAAGGACAAGUUGAAUAUUGAUCACACGAUACCUGUGACCGUUUUUUCCUUUGGAGGGCCAAGAGUUGGAAACUCAGGCUUCAAAGAGAGGUGUGAAGAGUUAGGUGUAAAAGUUUUGAGAAUAACAAAUAUAAAUGACCCCAUUACAAAACUUCCUGGGGUUUUUCUAAAUGAGCAUUUUAGGGUUUUGGGUGGGAAGUAUGAGGUUCCGUGGAGUUGCUCAUGCUAUGCACAUGUUGGAGUUGAGAUCUUGUUAGAUUUCUUCAAGAUGCAUAAUCCUUCAUGUGUACAUGACUUAGGAACUUAUCUUAGUUUGCUUAAGUGUCCAAGGAGGUUACAAGUUCAAGGAAAAGAAGGCGAUGAUUUCUUCAAUCGAGCAAAGGAAUUUGUCAUUUCUGGGGCUCAAAAUAAAUUAAACUUCAAUGCCUUGCAAUUGAAAAAUGCUGCCAUGAAUAUGGUGAACUUGGUUCAAUCCCAAAGGACUUAA